AGUUGCUUAGAAUAAUGCAUGGGAACUGAUUGUUUCCGAUGAAUUUCAUGGCAAAUAAUUCUGAACUCAGUUAUGCGACUUCAAUUAUUCUUGCGACAUUCACUUCUGCGUCGUCACUUCUCCGCUGAAAGGUUUGAUGGCAGAAUUCCUUUGGAAUGUUUGCAAAAAACAGUCUCUUUUCGGGAGGAUCGACAAGCUCCUCAGGUUGAAGUCCGUAUUCCAUUGAAAGCUGAUUGGAUCCCAACGAGAAUAGCGGAAGAUCUAAGAUUACGUUAUCCACACAGAAUUGAUCGGAAUGGUCUAUUGGUGAUUGAAUCAUGUCGGACUUAUUCAGAGCAGCUGAAUAUGGCUGAUUGUAUCGAUAAAUUACGCAGCGCAAUGCUGGAAUGUCAGGCGGUUUUGGAUGGUGUGAAAAACCAUGAUGCAAAAUUAGACUCAAGAGUCGAAGUGAAACUUGAUAUUAAGCGACGACUUGCUGCAUUCGAAAGCAAAGUAUAGGUGUCAUUAUUCCCGUUUAUUUAUGGGUGUACUUUCCAAUAUUUCCUACGAUUCGGUUACUUUAUCACGAACAUGGCUACUCGUAUUCCGAUGAAUAUCGCCGAUAAUUCUAAUCGAGUUAUAGUGAUACCUUUGGUGCAACUCGAAAUUUAGCUAUUAUUAAGGAAGUUUCUAUUCCUUGAUUUUCCUUUUUUAACACACAUGGAGCUGCUCCUUUCUGAUUUGCAGAAGAAUUUGUUAUGUAUCGUGG